AUGUGGCUGCUCGCGGUCGUACUGGUACUACCGCUCGUCGCUUCCCUGACAGCUCGAGGUCCAACGGCUGUGUUGCACUUGCAAACAGCCAAGACGUCAGCCGCACAUCCCCUUCAUGCUUCCGGUGAAGUAACGCUUUGGUGUGCUCCUGACAAUUUGCAGAUCACAAUCCGGCGAGCAUCGUUCCUGCGCAAGCGUGACAAGAAGCGUUUUGAGGCACAGUUAUCGGAGAACAAAAAAAAUGCCACGCUCACGUUCCCAUCGGCCACAGUUGGUGAUGCUGGCGAGUAUACUUGUGAACUGGACACGCAGCAUGGACGGCUCACCACUCAAAUCCAUCUUUACGCCAGGCCAGUAGCUGUCGCGGAUCAUGAGCACUUUACUGUGAAAGACAACAAUGAGUUCCAUCUAGAAGGAGAAAGGCGAUAUGUCCGGCGUGGAGACGAUGUGAAUAUCACCUGUCCCGUGUUCGGCUAUCCAACACCAGGCAUCAAAUGGGCCAAGGAUGGAAAACCCUUGGAACCAAUGGGAAAUGGCAGGGCUCACUCCUUGAAAUGCGGAGCAGCAACGAUAAAUAGUCAAUGUACAUCGAAAUUUUUCGAAUUCCCUGAUAUAAUCCUAGCCAUUGAUUUUAUGACAGGGCCAACAUCGCCACGGAGGUGGCCUUUAUUAGUGUAUAAAUGCUUGGCUAAUCAACCGGCACAAAGCUGCAAACCAUGGCGCCGUUCUGCGAUUGAUUUGUAUCAAACAUCUGUUUCGGACGCUGUUCUUUUCCUUUUUCUAGACUUCUCAAGAAACCUACUCGGGGUGCAUAAAAACAAGACAACAUGUCAACAUUGA